AUGGACGCGUCAAAGGUGCUCGUUCGGACUUCUUUGCUGUAUGAUUUUAAAGUGGGCCUGUCAGCUGCAGAAUCAAGUCGCCGAAUCUGCCAGGCCUUUGGAAAUGAUGCCGUUAACGAACGAACAGCUAGGCAAUGGUUCCAGAAGUUCUGGUCAGGGUAUAUGUCUCUUAGUGAUGCACCACGAAGCGGUAAGCCACAAGCGCUGGACGACGAGGCCUUGAGAGCAGCCAUAAAGAAGGACACUAGCCAAACGUGUGAAGAGCUUGCUGCACGCUUUCAGGUAUCUGAUAAAACGAUCAGACUCCAUUUGCACCUCAUAGGAAAGACAUACAAACUGAGCAAGUGGGUACCCCAUUCACUGUCUGAUGCAAACAACCAGCAGCUUGUCGCAGCCUGUUUUUCAUUGCUUACUCGGCACCGAAAUGCAUCCAUACUUGAUUAA